AUGUCUGGGUUCGAGUUAAUCCCGGUGCACGGUGGCAAUGCCAUCCACCUGCCUGUGGGGGAGACCAUACUGGGCCGGGGUCCUUUCCUCCAAGUGAGUGACAAGCGAGUGUCCAGACAUCACGGCCUGCUAGACAACCAAGAUGGACGACUGCGCCUCAAACCGACACACUUGAACCCGUGCUUCAAGCAAUCGUCCCUCACUGACGAACCCCAACCCUUAGAAAAGGACGUGUGGUGCCCCCUUGACCACGGUGAUGUCAUUUCAUUGCUACCGGGACAGCUCAUGUUUCGAGUGGUAGCAGUGGGCGGCGGGGCAGUCAACAGCCCUUUCAGGGAAAACGCCGUGUGUGACAACCACUCAUUUCCUGAUUCACCCCAGAGAACCGCUCCUCUUUCUCCUGGUUGUCAUGGCGCCCAGCCAGAGGCAUCCAACCAGGAGGCGCUUUUAGCCGGGGAAACGUUAAGCAAGGGAGUGGAGGCCAGUGGGCAUGUGGCCGCCUCGCCUUCUCCUCGCAAGAAACGACUUUUGCCUUCGUGGAUGAUGGAGGCUGUCAACCGCUCUCCCUCUCAUGCCACUGGCACAACUGUGAGCCGGAAAGCUGGCAAGAAAAGGCAACAAACAGAGCUCAACAACGACGAGGAGAAGACAGAAAACGUGGAAUCGUCGUACCAUCCGCUCGCCAAAUUGGAUAUGGACAACAACCAACUGCAGGGAGUUGACAGCAUCGCCAUGGAGACUGAGCAGGAGACCCAUGACUGGCGAGACAUUCCAACAGAGACAAGGCGAGACUUUCCAACAGAGACUAGUCAUGUCACAGCUGGGACAAGUAAUAUCGCCGUUGGGACGAGUGAUGUCGCUACUGGGACGUGUGGUGCCACGGCAAGCGGUCACCAAAACACAGGCGCAGAGGCCCAAAUAACGGACAAGCCCACUUCCAGAGUGCGAACUGCGUGCCCAUAUGGGAAAGACUGUUACAGGAAAAACCCUCGCCACUUCCAGGAGUGCAGCCAUCCCGGCGACUCGGACUAUGAGGAAGAGGAGAAACCGGAAGAAGGAGAGCGACCCGAGUGUCCGUACGGCACCAACUGCUACAGGAAGAAUCCUCUUCAUCGUAAAGAAUACAAACAUACCGAGAGAACAGCUCGCAGAGGGCCAGCUGCCGUCAAAGCGAGGGCAGUGCCCACAGUGGCUUCAGAUCGGGACUCGGGCGACAGCUUCAUCGACGAUGAGAGCGACAACGUAGAGGCCGAUUCCGAUUACGUCCCUCCGGCCGACUCAGACUAA